UUUGACUAAUAUAUCUUUAUUUUGUUUCAGGUGCUACAUGCAAAAAGAAAUUGGAAAAUUCAAGAAGAAGAAAGAAGGGACUCAAUUGAAGAAACUAAAAGUUGGAGGGGUGAAGUUUAUCAAAAUGAAUUUACAAACCCAAACCCAAAGCCCAUCAAAACCCAAACCAAAAUUACCCAAAAACCCAAACCCAAAACCCAUCAAACCCAAACCAAAAUUACCCAAAAACCCAAACCCAAAACCCAUCAAACCCAAACCAAAAUUACCCAAAAACCCAAACCCAAAACCCAUCAAAACCCAAACCAAAAUUACCCAAACUCAAACCCAAACCCAUUUAACCUAAACAAAGAAAAGUGAAAUAAAAAAAUGGAUCUGGAACUUUCUUCCCCACGCACCCGGCCUUCUCCCUGCUGCUGCACCGAACCCACCCCUGCUCUCGCACCAGAUCCCCUCACCCUGCACUGAGCCCCGCGCCCUAGCGCCCUAAGCCCGCGCCCCAGGCCCUGCUGCGCCCCCUUGCUUGCUGCACCUGCGCCUGCGCCUGCGCCCCUGCUGCGCCCCCUUGCUUGCUGCACCUGCGCCUGCGCCUGCGCCAUGCUGCACCCGUGCCUGCGCCCUGCUGCACUGAGCCCGCCUGCUGCACCAGCUAUGCACGCCCGAGCCAUCAUCGCCCCUCACACGCCCGGCCUUGCUCUACCCUACCCCCUGCCACACCUGCGCCUCUGCUGCUGCACCGAACCAGCCCUGCACUUACCGCCUGCACCGUGCCUUCUGCGCCCAGUUCCCAGCAAUCAUACACCCCUACACGCCUGAGCCCACUUCCAGCAAUCAUACCUCCCCUACACACCAACCCAGAUCCCCUUUGCUCUGCUCCCCCUGCCCUGCACCGAGCCCAUACCCCUAGCCCUGCUACCUGCGCCCCUACUGCUGCACCCGAGCCUGCAACCGCCUGCGCCCCUGCUGCCUACGCCCUUGCUUGCUCUGCACCCGAGCCUCGCUCUGCACCAGAUCCCCUUGCCGCCUGCUGCGCCGAACCCACGUUGCUUGCACGCCUGCUCUCUGUGCCAGCAUCAUGACCCUGCACCGAGCCUUGCUGCACCCCUGCUGCUCUGCCUCUGCACGCUACAGCAGCUCCAGAUAAAUUAGCAUUAAUAUUGAUUGACAGAGCAAGGCUUUUUUUUAUAAUUAAUUUUAGCUUUAUUUUAUCUUUUAUUUGGGUAUAUAUAUAGAAAAAAAAAUCAGAUUGAAAGGGGGGGUUGGUUGAUUUUGGGUCUCGUUGUUGGGGAGUUUCGUCUGAGUUUUUGAGAGCAAUAGAAGGGGAUUUUUGGAGCUCAGUUUUUGGGGGUUCUCUGGCUGAUUUUCGUGUUCUUCAUUUUGGGAGUUGGAAGGAGUUUUCUUUUGGUUUUGAGUUUGGUGUUGACGGCAGAGGAAAGGGAAUUUUUUCUGCUAGAGGGAGCCUGCUUUGUGAGAAGGGAUUGUCAAGGUUGCAAGAGGGAUUCUAUUUUCUGGAGUGGCUAUACUGAGGUAUACCUCUGAACAGAGAAUUUUUGUUAGGAAAAUGGUGAAAGAGAUGGUGGAAGCUUGAUCCCGUGGGUGGGAUCCCUUCCAUCAGAUCCUGAUCCGUUUUUCUUUCAAAAAUUCGCCGUGUUUGUCUUUCUGUGGGUGUUUAUUUAUUUUUAUCUGAUGUUAAGAUUGAAUGUGUUUUCUUGAAAAAAUGAAUGAAAAGCCAAAAGAAAUUAUCCAGUUCUUC